AUGUGGCAGUUCCUCACUCUAUCUCUGUUGGUGUCGCGGGCUACAGCCCUAGUUCGACCCGAUGGCGUGGGCCGUGUGCCGGCAUUGGGUUGGAACUCGUGGAAUGCGUAUAAUUGUGAAAUUGAUGCAGACAAGAUCCUCACGGCCGCCAAUGAAGUCGUCAAUCUGGGCUUGAAGAGUCUCGGAUACGAAUACAUCAACAUCGACGACUGCUGGUCCGUCAAGUCUGGCCGCGAUCCCACGACCAAACGCAUCAUCCCCGACCCAGACAAAUUCCCCAACGGCAUCUCCGGCGUCGCAGACCAAGUGCAUGCCCUCGGUCUCAAGCUCGGCAUCUACAGCAGUGCCGGCCUGACCACCUGCGCCGGCUACCCAGCCAGUCUGGGCUACGAAGAAAUCGACGCGCAAUCCUUUGCCGAAUGGGGCGUGGACUACCUCAAAUACGACAACUGCGGCGUCCCCACCAACCUAACCGACCAAUACACCUACUGCGUCCCGGACAGCACCGACGGCUCCUACUUUCCCAACGGCACCUGCGUGAACCUCACCGACGCCGCCCCGGCAAACUACAACUGGGCCACCUCGACCACCGCGAAACGCUACACCCGCAUGCGCAAUGCCCUCCUCAACGUCAACCGCACCAUCCUCUACUCGCUCUGCGAUUGGGGGCAAGCCGACGUGAAUGAUUGGGGAAAUGCCACGGGAAAUUCCUGGCGCAUGUCGGGGGAUAUUACCCCAACAUGGUCCCGCAUCGCCGAAAUCGCCAACGAAAACUCCUUCCUCCUGAACUACGCCAACUUCUGGGGCUACCCGGACCCGGACAUGCUCGAAGUCGGGAAUGGGAAUUUGACGUUGGCCGAGAAUCGGGCCCAUUUUGCCCUGUGGGCGGUGAUGAAGGCGCCGUUGAUUAUCGGGACACCGCUCAGUACUAUAGAUCAAUCCCACCUCACCAUCCUCUCCAACGCCCCCCUCCUCACCUUCCACCAAGACCCCCUCAUCGGACGUCCCGCGUAUCCCUAUAAAUGGGGGUAUAAUGCGGACUGGACAUUCGACCCGGCGCAUCCGGCGGAGUAUUGGUCCGGGCCGUCGAGUGCGGAGGCAUUGAAUGGGACGUUGGUGGUGAUGCUGAAUAGUCAGGAGACGACGCAGACGAGGACAGCGUUUUGGAAGGAGGUGCCGGAGUUGAAGGAUCUAUAUCGACGGGGGGGAGGGUUUAGGGUGCGGGAUGCGUGGACGGGGAAUGAUUUGGGGUGUGUAAGGGAUAAGUAUAGUGUGAGAUUGGGGGCGCAUGAUGUGGGGGUUUUGGUGGUGGGGGAGGUUUGUUAG